AUGGAGGAUCCCAGCUGGCGUCGGAACUGCGACCUCCUGGCGGAUGCACUUCAGUCGCUGGAUCGCAGCACUUCGCAGAUUCGGCGCAGCACGAACAAACUCGCAACGCUGCGGGAUAUCGCAAGAGAGCGGGAGCGGGUGAAGCAAGUGACGGCCCGCACGAAUGCCAGGGAGGUGCACGGCAUACAGGACGCGCUGGGGCUCAUGGAAAAGUAUAUGCGGCUUAACCCCGCCCAGCUGCGGGGGCAGGGUGUGAAGCUCACGACGGAGGCGAAGGUUGCCAUGGAUAAGUAUCAAAAUUCAUGCGACGCGUUCUACAAAAAAUGCAUCAGCGUCGAACAGUCCCUGCGCUCUUCUGGGGAGACGACGCGUGUGAGGGUGUUGCAGGGAAACCUGGCGAGCAGCGACGCCGAGGAAGGGGAUGAAACUAGUGAACUGCUUCAAAAAGGCGCGGCGGGGGCGCUCACUCAGAAGGAACUCUUCGAGCGUGAUCUGCAUGACGAGAUCAUGGCGGAGCGGCGGCAGGAAACCUCGGAGAUCGCAGACAACGUGAAGGACAUCAACGAGAUAUUUAACCACAUCCACCUCAUGGUGCAAGAGCAGGGCGAGUCGCUGGACGUCAUCGAGGGAAACGUUGGCGUGGCGCAGCAGGCAACAAGAAACGCGGCAAACCACCUGCGGCACGCCCAGCAUUAUCAGGAGUCCCCCGCGUGCAACAAGUACCUCCUCCUCUUUGCUCUGGUGCUGGCAUUUAUAGUGUUUGUUACCGUGCUGCUCCACUGA